GCGCACUGUGCUUUACGGGACGGAUGAAAGACAGAAUUCGGUCCACUGAAAACGCGAUUUUCUCCCUCAGCCGGAUUUCCGACGGCCAGUAUCAGCUUCGGCACCUUCGGCACCUCCGCCCGGGCGAUCUUAACGCUUUUGGGCUGCAAAAUGAUCACAAAGCUUCAUGCGGCUCAUGUGGCUUCCAGAGGCAGCAUCUGCUUGUCAUCAUGUCAGGACUGAAAUUGGAGGCAUGGAUGAUCUAACUGGACAUCUAAUCAGAGCUUAGUGGAUUUGGAUAGGAGGCUGAAGAUGUGGCAGGUCAACAAGAGUGAAUACACAUAAAAGGAGCUGGACGGCUGUACUUACCUAUAAGUAUUACUCUUCAGAGGCCGUGUCUGGAUCUGCCUGGGCUCAAACUCUGAGUGCAGGCUUCAGAAAACUCUAAAGGGCAUCCCAUCUCUAAUACGUGCAGUGUCUGGAGAUGACUACCAAGAGGAAGAUCAUCGGGCGCCUGGUGCCGUGCCGAUGCUUCCGCGGGGAGGAGGAGGUCAUCUCUGUGCUGGAUUACUCGCACUGCAGCCUGCAGCAGGUGCCCAAGGAGAUCUUCAGCUUCGAGCGCACUCUAGAGGAGCUUUAUCUGGACGCUAACCAAAUCGAAGAGCUUCCCAAGCAACUCUUCAACUGUCAAGCCCUGAAGAAAUUGAGUAUUCCUGACAACGACCUUUCAAACCUGCCAACCACCAUCGCUAGCCUUGUAAACCUGAAAGAAUUAGAUAUAAGUAAAAACGGCAUUCAAGAAUUUCCUGACAAUAUCAAGUGCUGUAAAUGUUUGUCAGUUGUAGAGGCCAGCGUAAAUCCCAUAACCAAACUCCCAGAUGGCUUCACUCAGCUCCUCAAUUUGACACAGCUCUUCUUAAACGAUGCCUUCCUCGAGUACCUACCCGCCAAUUUUGGAAGAUUAUCCAAAUUACGCAUCCUGGAGCUUCGAGAGAAUCACUUGAAAACCAUGCCAAAGUCAAUUCACAGGCUGUCACAGCUGGAGAGAUUAGACUUGGGAAGCAAUGAAUUCACUGAGCUGCCAGAAGUUCUGGAGCAGAUUCAUAACCUAAAAGAGCUGUGGCUGGACAACAAUUCAUUACAGACGAUACCAGGGUCUAUAGGGAAACUGAGGCAGUUGCGCUAUCUUGACCUGGCCAAGAACAGGAUCGAGAGUCUUGAUGCAGACAUCUCUGGGUGUGAGUCUCUCGAGGACCUCCUGCUCUCGUCUAACAUGCUGCAGCAGUUGCCUGAUACGAUAGGAAUGUUGAAAAAGUUAACAACAUUAAAAGUUGAUGACAACCAGCUCACCUCACUGCCUAACACCAUCGGAAGUCCACGCGCCAAAUUAGGUUUAUCGCUCUUAGAGGAGUUUGACUGCAGCUGUAAUGAACUGGAGUCUUUACCCCCGACUAUUGGCUACCUGCACAAUCUCCGCACCUUCGCAGCCGAUGAGAACUUCCUGACGGAGUUGCCCAGAGAGAUUGGAAACUGCAAGAAUGUCACUGUUAUGUCCUUGCGCUCCAAUAAGCUGGAAUUUCUGCCUGAUGAAAUCGGACAGAUGACGAAGCUGCGUGUUCUCAAUCUCAGUGACAAUAGGUUGAAGAAUCUUCCCUACACUUUCACUAAACUGAAAGAUUUGGCUGCACUCUGGCUAUCUGACAAUCAGUCCAAAGCCCUUAUCCCCCUGCAAACAGAGGCUCAUCCCGAGACCAAACAGAGGGUGCUUACAAACUACAUGUUUCCCCAGCAACCACGGCACGAUGAAGAUUACCAGUCAGACAGCGACAGCUUUAACCCCGCUCUCUGGGAAGAACAGAGGCAGCAGAGGAUGACUGUGGCGUUUGAUUUUGAGGACAAGAAAGAGGAGGAGGACAAUUCUGCAAAAGUCAAGGUUGAGAUUAAUCUAAAACGCUAUCCCACCCCUUACCCAGAGGACUUGAAGAACAUGGUGAAGUCAGUGCAGAACAUGGUGGGGAAAAGUACUCACCCGCUCAGCACAGAAAAAUGUUCCUCAGGCACCAACAUGGAGCUCCACAGCACAGAUGCAUAUGAGCCCCAAUGGCCUAUGGCGCCCAAGGAGGUAACCUCAUGUGGCUAUACAAUGACCGAGAGGGAGGUAAAAGAUUACUCCAAGCCUUCUCUGCCAGAACAAGGAGUUGUCAUGAACUCGGCAAUCGACAUCCCAAAGCGGAAGGACAAGGAGGAUCUAAAUGAGAGCUCUGAGAUUGCUUUACAUCGCAUCGUUCCCAAGCCGCAACAGCCAGAGAAUACAAGCCUGGCCCUUACUUCCUCUUCCUGUUUCUGCCUCAUAGAUUCCAUGGGAGGUUCACCUAAUGAUAUCCGGAUUUCUGACAUGAGGCCGACUCUGGUGGAACCCCCUAUGUACAAGCCAAAGGUUGUAUUGCUGGGAAAAGAUAAAAAAGAAUCCAUCGAUGACUCAGACCCAGACAAAAUGCACUGCUUGAACAACAGUGGCUCAUCAGCCACCUACUCAGAUUACUCCCCCUCACAGGGCUCUUCUGGGUCCUCCAACCCUCCUGGCAAUGUCAGCUCCAUGCAGAAUGCUGCCAAAGAGGGUCCAACACAGACCCACUGGACUAACAGACUGGCUCAGUCUUUCCCAAAGCCCAUAGAGACAAAGCCUCUGCUCAGCCACAGAGAGACACCCCCCUCCAGUACCCUGCAGCAGCGGGGUGAGAGACGACCACUCAGUGACACCUUCGACAGCUGGAAUGAUGCCCCCCACUAUGACAAUACAGGGUUCGUAUCAGAGGAGACGCCAGUUGACACUCCCAGCAGCAGUAGUGGGAACCCCAUGUUAGGCACAAAGCCUCGUAGUGCCUCAGUAGCGCAUGGGCGACGGCCUCUCAUGAGACAGGAGCGCAUCAUGGGGGUCCCGUUAGAGCUGGAGCAGACACCACACUCUUUCCGUACAGCUCCUGAUGCUGAAGUGCCUCCUCCCCCUCCCCCAAACCCCUGGCAAAAUUGGACGCGGACUCCCAGCCCAUUUGAGGACCGUACAGCGUUCCCCUCCAAACUGGAAAUAACCCCAGCAAACAGCCCCAACCCAGACCGCAAAGACUUUGAGCAGGAGAUGGGUGAACUACCUGGCACUUUCCCCUCUUCAGGAGCCUGGGGUUUCCUGGACUCCAGAGACUCAGGGACAGGGCAAGGUCAGCCUAAUGUCUUUGCCCAUGUUCAGGGUCGUAAUGAACCAAAUAAGGGAAACACCAUGAUGAUAAGCAAGAGCUCUGAAAGACUUUCACCAAUGAUAAGGGAGGUGAAGUCGAAAUUUAAAAAGUCUCAGAGCAUAGAUGAAAUUGAUAUUGGAUCAUACAAAGUGUACAGUAUUCCCUUGGACAACUACAGCGCUAGCAUAGAGAAUCAGGGUAGUGUGGACAGAGCUGACCUCCCAGGACCUCUGGAACAGAGCAUGUCUAGGAGCCAGUCUGCUCCCAUGCUGGAUGAGGAUCUCGACAGCUUCGGCACAAAUAAAUCUUCUCACCAGCAGAAACCUGCUAUCCCGAAAAAGGUUUAUCAGUUUGACCAAAGUUUUAACCCUCAAGGAGCCAUGGAUGUGAUGAAAGCAGAACGGAGGAUCCCUCCACCAUUCCCUAAUACCCCUGAAUAUGUGAACCAACCAGGCAAGACACUGCCAAAGGAGCUUAUUAGCCCUCGAGGUUACCGUGGCUAUCAACCAAUGGAGGAAAUGUUCUCCUUUCCCCAUCCACCCGUCAAUGACGAUGCAAUUCCUCAACAGUUUACUGCCCAGCCUCAACGGUCUCGUCCAGGUUUCCUGAGGCGGGCAGAUUCCCUGGUAAGUUCUACAGAGAUGGCACUGUUCCGCAGAGUAGCAGAAGCCCAGGAGCACCAAAUGGCAUUACAACAGGAGCAUUACAACAGACCCCAACAGCUUAAAGCCAUGAUGGAUGCACAGAAUAGCUUGGCCACCAUGGCUGAUUCCCAGUUCCACAAGAGAAAUGGUAGGUAUGACGAGGAAUACUCAUCUUAUCAAGAACCUAAAAAGCCUAUUAUGGGAUACCCCACAAAGAGUCUGACACAGCGUCGCCCGCUGUCUGCACGGAGCUACAGCACAGAGACUUACGGGGCAUCGCAAGCCCGGCCAGUGUCUGCACGUCCCACCAUGGCUGCCCUGCUAGAGAAAUUGCCUUCAGAUUAUGGUAUGAGUAUAUGCACUGAGAAGAACCCUGACGCUGACAUGAAGAUGAGGCCUGUUCCACAGAAACCUGAGGACAUGACCUCCAAAAUGCCAGUGGACUGGAGACAACAGCUCCUAAGGCACAUAGAGGCAAAACGGCUAGACCGGAGCGCUGUCCUUAAGCACAACACAGUAAACUUCGGCAUGCUGUACUCUGGAGGCUAUGCUGCACCGCAUGCCAGCAGAAGCAUGACAAUAAACUUUUACAAUAACACAAAGCAUGAAAACCAAACAACUCAGUGGCUACCUCUACCAAAUACUCCAUCGCAACAGAGCAAUAUUUUAGAUAAUGGUCAAGAGGUGGUCUCUCCCACCACACAGUGGGCCCCCUACUCACUAGGACGAAGAGACGUACCUCCUGACAACACCAUCAUCAAAAAGGCUGUGGUCCAUCAUUCUCACCAACAGCAAGGCAUGAUGGGAAGUGGGGCCACUGCACAACACAGAGGACCCCAGCAGUACGAGGGAGCCAUAAACAAGGUGUCCAUCCAGCAGUACCAGUCACCUCUGGCCAUGGCCGUGACGAGCACCAGCCCCCGACCACAGAGUGCCCGCUGCUUCAUCCAGACUAAAGGCCAGAAAAGCAUGGACGGCUUUCCAGAACAGUUUUGUGUUCGGAUUGAGAAAAACCCUGGCCUCGGUUUCAGCAUCUCAGGGGGAAUCAGUGGGCAGGGGAACCCCUUCAAACCCUCAGACAUGGGUAUCUUUGUUACUAGGGUACAGCCUGACGGACCCGCCUCCAAUGUUCUUCGACCGGGGGACAAAAUUCUGAAGGCCUGUUCCCAGCAUUCCUGUGCCGCUCCGCCUCUUCCCGCCCCAGCUCACUUCCCACACUGCCCUCUAUUCAUCCUCUGCUUCAUUCUUGCAUUGCAGGCCAACGGACAUAGUUUUUUACACAUCGAACACCAAACGGCAGUGUCUCUUCUGAAGAGUUUCCCGAAAGCUGUGGACUUGGUCAUUUUAAGGGAGAGCACAAUGUAAAUAAUUUUAUAACACUGACUUCUUGCUCAAAAGGAACACAGGACCUUGUACAUCAAGUUUUUAUCUAGGAACAAUUUUGCCAAUUGCUGGACCAAUGGCAAAUUCUAGUGCCAAAUGUACAAUAGAGAACAUAUCGAAUAAUGUGACAUAUGGCUUACACGUGUACACACACAUAUAUAUAUAUAUAUAUAUAUAUAU